AUGGACAGUCCCGAGGCACCCUAUAAAAUUAUGGACAGUCCCGAGGCACCCUAUAAAAUUAUGGACAGUCCCGAGGCACCCUAUAAAAUUAUGGACAGUCCGAGUCCCGAGGCACCCUAUAAAAUUAUGGACAGUCCCGAGGCACCCUAUAAAAUUAUGGACAGUCCCGAGGCACCCUAUAAAAAUUAUGGACAGUCCAGAGGCACCCUAUAAAGUUAUGGACAGUCCCGAGGCACCCUAUAAAGUUAUGGACAGUCCCGAGGCACCCUAUAAAGUUAUGGACAGUCCCGAGGCACCCUAUAAAAUU